CCUUUUGGACAUUUGCUUUCAAAAAGAUUACUCCCUGCUUCUUUUCCUUUCCCUUUUGCCUUGUUUUAACACAAUAGACACGUCUGCGUGUUCUAUUAUAUUCUCUUUGUCUCUCUCUCUCACCCUUCAUCAUACUAACUCACUCAUAACCAAUUCAGACCAAAACAUUUCACUUUCCUAUAAUGGAAAUUCAUCACCAACCCAUCAAAUCUAGGUUCAGUCGUAUCUGUGUCUUCUGUGGCACCAGCCCAGGAAAGAACCCCAGCUACCAACUCGCUGCUAUCCAACUCGGCAAACAAUUGGUAGAGAGGAACAUCGAUUUGGUUUAUGGGGGAGGAAGCAUUGGGUUGAUGGGUUUAAUCUCACAAGUUGUCUUUGAUGGUGGACGCCACGUGUUAGGGGUCAUUCCCAAGACUCUUAUGCCAAUAGAGAUCACGGGAGAGACUGUCGGAGAAGUCAAAGCUGUAUCGGACAUGCACCAACGCAAAGCCGAAAUGGCUCGACAAGCUGAUGCAUUUAUUGCGUUGCCAGGUGGAUAUGGCACCCUGGAAGAACUAUUGGAAGUGAUCACCUGGGCUCAACUUGGAAUCCAUGAUAAACCCGUGGGAUUGUUGAACGUGGAUGGCUACUAUAACUCGUUGCUAUCAUUCAUGGACAAUGCUGUAGACGAAGGUUUCAUAACACCAGCUGCCCGUCACAUUAUUGUGUCUGCCCAAACUGCCCAAGACCUCAUGUGCAAGCUUGAGGAAUAUGUCCCCAAACACUGUGGCGUGGCCCCGAAGCAAAGUUGGGAGAUGGACCAAUCAGACAUUUCUCGUUGACCAAGUCGAAUCUAUAUAUUAAUUAUUUUCUCUUGCCAGAAAAUAGCUUGCUCAAUUAAUACAACUCAAGCCUUUUAGCUGACAUUAUGUAUUUUCUAAAGUACAAACUAAAUGUGCUUUAGAUUCUGACAUGUUUGAUCGAAGAUGUGGGAUUACACCAGAAAAUUUCUAUACUCAUCGGUGUAAUAGUAUCUAUGCUAUAUAACUAUAAGUUGGCCGAAGUGCGAUCGAUGAUG